UUCAUUCUUUACUCAAGCGCGAUUUAGGACAAGCAUUAAAGCAGUUAAAUUAAUUACGAUAAUUCAGAUAAAAGUACAGUUUCAAACAUAUCACAUAUUAAAUUCUCCAGAAGGUUCCUGUGUGCUUAUAAAGUGCUAAAAAUGUUUUUUGCGGACUCACCUACCGGUGAUUUCAUCAUCGUAGUUAUAACUCUAUCAGUUAUAAUUGUCAGUGUAUACAACUGGUUUUAUCUACAUUGGAACCGAAGAAAUGUACCCUGCCUGCAAACAGAUUUUUCUAGUUUGAACGAACACCUUGGCAUCAAAUUCAAACAUGUCUAUAAUCUAAUGAAACAAAACCAAUGGAAACAUGGAGGAGUUUUUAUCCAAGUGACACCAAUUUACGUUGUCAGGGAUCUACAUCUACUCAAAAACAUCAUGACUAAAGAUUUCCAAUACUUUCCACACCGUGGACUGUACUACAACGAAAAAGACGAUCCUCUGAGUUGCCACAUUUUCAACACCAGUGGCCCAAAAUGGCGUCGUAUGAGAACAAACCUCAGUCAGAUCUUCACUCCCGGCAAACUAAAAUCAAUAUUUCCGCUUCUUCUAAGCUGUAAAGAAAUUCUGAUCAAAAAGAUUGAAACUGAAAUAAACAGAAAAAUACCCUUUGAAGCUAAAACAAUUGCGGAUAGUUUCAUUGGUGAUGUUAUCGAGUCCUGCGUUUUUGGUCUAGACUGGCAAAAUUUUUCCGAGCAAUCACCCAUACAACAAUUCGGGAGAAAAAUUUUCAGGCGAUCACGUACCAGAAGAGUGAAGGGUUUCAUAGUUGACAAUUUUCCAAAACUUGGAAGAAUUUUAAACAUUGCUUUGAUACCAAAAGACGCAUCUACGUUCUUUCUGAAGAUAGUUGAAGAGGCAAUCGAUUACAGGAAAAAGCAACACAUUGUAAGACACGACUUUCUUCAAGUACUCACCGAACUGAGAAACGAAGAUGGAAGCUAUUUGAAAAUUGAAGAAAUAGCAGCUCAGUGUUUUAUUUUCUUUCUGGCAGGGAUGUCCACGUCACCGACUGCCAUCAGUUUUGCUCUGUACGAGCUUGCGAAAAACGAAGAUAUACAAGAGAGUGUUCGAGAAGAGGUCGGAAAAGUUUUGGAGAAGUACCAAAACGUGAUUACGUAUGAGGCCAUCCAAGAAAUGAAAUAUUUAGAGCAAGUGUUAGAUGAAACUUUAAGAAAGUACCCGCCGGCAGCAUAUUUAAAUCGGAAGUGUGUAAAAGACUACAAAGUUUUUGGUACUGAUGUGGUGAUUGAGAAAGGUACUACAGUUGUGAUUCCGGUUCUUGGUAUUCACCAUAAUGAGGAAUUUUAUCCUGAGCCUGAGAAAUUUGAUCCUGAACGUUUUAAUGACACAAAUAAGGGUUUAAGAGAAAGUUAUGCGUUUAUUCCGUUUGGAGAAGGACCUAGAAUUUGUAUAGGUAUGCGUUUUGGGCAGAUACAAUCAAAAUUGGCAUUAAUUUCUUUGUUAAGAAAUUUUAAGUUUACUAUUAAUAACAGAACACAAGAACCUUUGAAGAUGAAAAAAAGUACUUUAGUACUGACUGCGGAAAGUGGAAUUUGGUUGAAUGCCAAUAAAUUGUAUCUAAAGAAUUGCUUUGCACAUAAGAGGGUAAUCAAAUUUUUUGACAACAACGGCCCUGCACUUAGUUUGCAUUUGUCCUAAUUAUAUUAUUUUGUAUA